UACGUGUUAAAAUUAUUUAUUUUUUGGAUCCGUUUACUGCUCAAUUUGUUAGCUGGGUAGGCGAAAAAGCUGAUCGAAAGCGUGAGAAACAAGUGCUCGAAUGAGAGGCAAAGUGAUCCAGAAUUUCCCGAAGUGAGAGAAAGUGAGACGACGCUGCUCGAAUGCCGGAGCAGUGAGAUGAAUGUUCACUUGACAUUAACACACGACCACAAAUUUGUUCUGACAAAUGCUUUUCUAUGUGCAUCAAACGCGACAAAAGUUAAUUCGGAUAGUAAAGACAAUGCAUUUAAAAUUGCUUAAGUAACAUAGCGGUAAACGCAUUUCUUAUUCAUUUUCAACCGUUGUGCGGGGAAAUCAUUGCAAAAAGAGACCCGUUUUGUGCAUAUAAUCGUGAUCGUCCAGGUGCGUCGUUUGUGAUAUCGCGCGCGCGCUGCUCUUCCUCACUGUUCGUUGUUCGUAUACCACCGACGGCUGUCAUCGGUAAAACGGUAUUAUAUUUUUUUUCCUUCCCAAUGUGGUCCGCGAAUUGCAAAUGAAGAUGUUUCCCGUGACGCUCAUAUCUCGCCUAAAGUCGAUGCUGACAGGCGGUGGAAACGGAGCAAGCGCUGACAGUAAUGAUCCACCGGUGGAAGAGGUCGGCAACCGCAGUAACAAACCGCUGCUGGCGACAGAAAAUUCCGUACCAGAUAGCAUACAACUACAGAAUGGUGCACACGGGGGUGUAUCGCACAGGUCAGUGGCAAAUGCGCGUCGUCUGAGCGAAAUUACCGACAUGCCACGGGUGAACCGCGUCUACGGAUCGUACAAUGUUCCUGCGCUCGGUUCCAUGCAUCGUUCGCUCGCAGUGAACAGUCGCAACAGUGAUACUAGCAGCCGUUUCGGGACAGCAGAACCACGACCGCUGGCACGACGCAGUGGGCAAGCGCCUCCACCGCAGUUGAUCCCAAUAAAGUACGUCAUGUCGCGACCUUCGAUUGGUCAGCGCAGUAGCGCUACUGGCGGCACAAAGCCAUCCGCUGGCACCGGUGGUUUGUUUAGGCAAAGUGAGGCACCAGCGGCACCGGCGACACCAGCGAGGUCCGGCAAUGUUUCGAUGCUUACGAACGAGUUCCGCAAUUUGCUGCGUACUAAAUACAGCAAUAUGUCGACGAGUGGGUCUGAGUACACAGCUACCCUGGAUCGAGAGUUGAACGCACACCGAGAUGCGACAAAGAAGUAUGAAUCUUUGAUGCAAAAGUUCAUCCCCGUCUUGAACGAACCUCCGGAGCGGGGUGCGUACGAUCGGUUCACAAGGAAAACGAUCAAUGGGGAUGUUUCGCGACCGACACUGCAAAAGCUUGCAUCGAUAGAAACACUCGAUCUGACAGACGAGGGUGACAGUGAGAGCGCCAGCGACGACUGUGUGGAGGUAGUGUCUCACAGCAAAAGUGGCCGUUUAUUUACUCCGCUUGAAUCGAUGCUCACACUGGCACAGGAGCAUGAGUACGGGAUGAAGCAAGCGUCGACAGAGAGCCCCCCGGAGCCAGUCAACUCGGUGAAGGAGCGGUUUGAAACGCAACAGUUCUACCGCGAUGAUAUCAUUCAGGAUGUCCAGCAGCGCUACGGUACGCUGUUUAGCCAGCGCAAAUCGCUGAUCGAGCAGGAGAAGGAUCGUCUUGGCAACCUGCGGAAGACGACGCACGUGCAGGAAAACGAGGCGCGCAACAAGAUGCUCAACUAUGUGUGCUCUUUCUACAAGUUCGAUGUGCUGAACGAGACGGACCUGAAGGAAGCUACGCCCGAGCCGGAAGAUGUGCCGCUUCCCGAGCUGACGAAGGAUCAGCUAGAUCAAAUGCAUCGAAAGCUGCGUACCGGCAAUCAGGUGGUGGUGGAGAAGUUCAACCUACGGAUCACCGGUAACGAUCUCGUGACGCUGCAAGACUUGAACUGGUUGAACGAUGCAGUCAUCAAUUUCUACAUGGAGCUGUUGCGGGAACGCAGCGAACUAAAGCGCGAUCAGGGCGUACCAAAGGUUUACACGAUGAAUACGUUCUUUUUGCCACAGUUGAUAAAGAUGGGCUACUCCGGGGUGCGUCGCUGGACGCGUAAAGUGGACCUAUUGGCGCACGAUAUAAUCGUGGUGCCGGUACAUGUCGGAGGCAUCCACUGGUGCAUGUCCACGAUCGAUCUGCGGCGAAAAACUAUACACUAUUACGAUUCGAUGGGUUCGCCGAACAAUACCGUGCUGAACGCACUAGAGCAGUAUCUGUGCGAAGAGUCGAUGGACAAGCGAAAGACACCGUUCGACAAGAGCGGACUGACCAAGCAGAACAUACGUGAGUGUCCGCGCCAAAAGAAUGGGAGCGAUUGUGGUGUAUUUAGCUGUAUGUUUGCCGAAUUCUUAACGCGCGAUCAUGCUAUCACAUUUGACCAGUCGAAUAUGCCGUACUUCCGGAAGAAAAUGACGGUGGAAAUAAUGAUGGGCAAGCUGCUCACGUAAU